GCAAUUCCAUCAUCUGCUCUUUUUGAAGGAAUGCAAAAUCUUUCCAUUAUUAACUUGAGUCACAAUUCAAUUAGUGGCAUCAUCCCUUCAUCUCUUUUCAUGAUCCCAUCGUUGCAAGUGGUUGACCUUUCCAACAACCAGUUCAGUAAAUUGGAAGAGUCCACACAUGUGUUUUCCUCAAAUCUAUACUUCCUUAUUUAAGUUGCAAUAAUCUAUCAGGGACUAUACCACCAACUAUCUUCCAACCUAGAGGGCUUGUUCAUCUCCGUUUAAGCAAGAAUAAAUUGUCGGGACCAAUGCCUCUAUCUAUCCAAUUUAGUGGACUUCAUGAACUUGAUCUUUCCUCAAACAAGUUUAGUGGGCCAAUGCUGAUAGAUGCACUUGCUCUAAACAGAAACUUAUCUAUGUUAGACCUUUCAUUCAACAUGAUAGAUAAUGUGAUUGUUACAAAUGUUCUGCUUUCCAUCUUUCCACCGUUAAGAAUUCUAAACUUGGCAUUCUGCAACUUGAAAACUUUCCCUGCUUUCUUGAAAUACCAAUCUGGAUUAUAUGAUAUGUAUCUCUCAUAUAACCAGAUUCAAGGAAUAGUACCCAACUGGAUUUGGAGACUAGAUGGGCUUUCCAUUCUUAAUGUCUCUCACAAUUCUCUAACUAAUUUUGAAAACCUUACUCAUAAUUUGCACAAUCAACUGCAAGGGCCAAUCCGAGAUUUUCUUCAACUUGCUUCCAUUGUGGACUUCUCAAGCAACAAUUUUAGCUCUGUUAUCCCGGUAAACAUUGGUUAUUACAUGUCUCGUUCACUUUAUCUUUCUCUCGCAAACAAUAGUUUUCAUGGCAGCAUCCCUCAUUCCUUGUGUAAUGCUUCAAUGCUUGAAGUUCUUGACCUUUCUCAUAACAAAAUAUCUGGAGAACUUCCCCAUUGUUUAAUGAAGAUAGGUGAGACCCUUUGGAUAUUGAAUCUAGGGAGUAACAACCUGACAGGCCAUAUUCCUAAUACAUUUCCGAGUUCUUGUUCUCUAAGGACUAUUGUUUUCAAUGGGAAUCAAUUAGCAGGGCCACUUCCAAAUUCUCUGGCACAUUGUGAUUCCUUAGAUGUAUUAGACAUUGGAAGAAACAAGAUAACUGGGGGCUUUCCUUGCUUUCUAAGAAAUAUAUCUGCACUUCACAUCCUAAUCUUGCGGAACAAUGAAUUCCAUGGCCCAAUGAGAUGUGAAAAAGAGAGUGGAGUUUGGAAAAUGAUUCAAAUUGUUGAUGUGGCCUUUAAUUGCUUUAGUGGUAAACUACCUGGAAUAUGGUUCACAAAUUGAAAAGUCAUGAUGUCUAAUGAGGGAGAAGCUCAAUCUAAGGCAGAACAUCUUGAUUUUCAACUUCGCACUACAGAUGUUCAGGAUUCAGUAAUGGUCAUAAGCAAGGGUCAAGAAAUAGAGUUAGUUAAAAUCCUAACAAUCUUCACUUUAAUUGAUUUCUCAUACAAUCAAUUUGAAGGGCCAAUACCAAAGGAGUUAAUGGAUUUCAAAGCACUACAUUUGCUUAACUUGUCACACAAUGCUCUUUCAGGUCAAAUUCCAUCUUCUAUAGGGAAUUUGAAUCAGCUUGAGUCAUUAGACCUGUCAAUGAACUCAUUGGAAGGAGAAAUUCCCACAGAGCUUGCCAAUUUGAACUUCCUAUCAUAUCUGAACCUCUCCUUUAAUCAUCUGACAGGUAAGAUCCCAACAGGUACUCAGCUGCAGUCAUUUGAAGCAAGUUCAUUUGAAGGAAAUGAUGGGUUGUAUGGACCCCCACUAACCAAAAGUCUAAAUCAUGGAAUGCAUGCACUGCCACCACCUGAAAUGCCACAAUGUGGAAGCCUAGCUUGUGAAGUUCAUUGGAAUCUUGUGAGUGCAAAAAUGGGAUUGGUUUUUGGGCUUGGAAUUGUCUUUGGAUCCCUCUUGUUUUGGAAGAGA